AUGACCUCGUACAAGAUCUGCGAUACUUCAAAGAUGGCAGACGAACCGAGAAGUGACGCCAUUCAAUACCCUUGGUGGUUAGGUGGAGCUGCUUCUUGUUUCGCUGUCGUUAUCUCGCACCCUAUGGAUCUAGCCUUGUAUGGAACGUCACGAUUUGCCGUUUAUGAUUCUCUGAAAUGGUCUUUUGGAAGAGGUGAAUCGGAUUUAGAUGCCAGUCGUCUCCUGCUAUUUGCGAGUUUAGGCGGUGGGUUCGGGGCAAUAGUGGGAUGCCCAGCUGAGGUGGCGAACAUCCGCAUGCAAACCGACACGGUCCUACCACCCGAACAGCGUCGCAACUACAAUCAUGUUUUUGAUGCUUGGAGAAGGAUUGCCCAAGAAGACGGUAUUCAAGCGCUAUAUCGCGGCGUUGGGGCAAAUACAAUUCGGUCCGCCAUUGUCACUGGGGGGCAGUUGGCUUCUUAUGAUCUGUUCAAGAAGGCCCUGGUUUCAUACAGCAGUCUGCAUGAGGAGAUGACCGUGACUCAUCUCACAGCGUCAAUUCUGGCUGGCACGGUGACGACCUGCAUAUCAAACCCGAUCGACGUCAUCAAAACCCAGAUGAUGAGAAAUUUGCAAGUCGUCACCAUCCCUGUCCUGAUUCACCGCAAUGUCCUGGCAGAUGGCAUUUGGUGGAUUUUCCGUGGCUGGGUACCAAGUUUUCUACGUCUUGUUCCUCAUACUACUGCGACGUUUCUCUUUCUGGAGCAGCUGCGUUCUCUCUAUCGAACGCUCUAUUAUGACAGAAUAGAAUGUUGA